GCGCGGGCCGGGCGGCGGGGCAGCCUCCUGCUGGUCGGGGCCGGCCCUGGGUCCGCGCACCAGUCUUCCCUCCCGCGGGAGCCGCAUGGCCGUGGGCCGCUGCGAGUCGGGGUCUGGGGCUCUGACGGGGCCAAGGGUCCUUCGACGGCGGCGCUCUGCUGGGCCGGUGCUGGCGUGGGCUGCGCGGUGCGCGAUCCCAGCGGGGCCUCGCGGGGACUCGGUGCUUCAUCCCCGUUGUAAAGACAAGGAAGUUGGGCCGCGGACGGGUUCGGGAACGCGCCCAGGGUCUCCCUUGGCAAAUGGCAAAGCUGGCAUCGCAAGCUAGGCCCUGCGUUCCGGAGUCUCGGGAUCGCCCCAUUCGGCAUCUUUCCAGAUCGGACAGAUGAGCAACGUGGAGCCGGACGAUGAGCUUCUGGACGCAGAUACGGAUCCCCCUCACCCUUUCCCCAAGGAGAUACCGCACAACGAGAAGCUCCUGUCCCUCAAGUAUGAGAGCUUGGACUAUGACAACAGUGAGAACCAGCUGUUCCUGGAGGAGGAGAGGCGCAUCAACCACAUGGCCUUCCGGACAGUGGAGAUCAAGCGCUGGGUCAUUUGUGCCAUGAUAGGGAUCCUCACGGGGCUGGUGGCCUGCUUCAUCGACAUCAUGGUGGAGAACUUGGCCGGCCUGAAAUACAAGGUCGUCAAGGACAAUAUCGACAAGUUCACGGAGAAAGGGGGGCUGUCCUUCUCCCUCCUGCUGUGGGCCACGUUGAAUUCUGCGUUCGUGCUGGUCGGCUCCAUGAUUGUUGCCUUCAUAGAGCCAGUUGCUGCUGGCAGCGGGAUCCCCCAGAUCAAGUGCUUCCUCAACGGGGUGAAGAUCCCCCACGUGGUCCGGCUCAAGACGCUGGUGAUUAAAGUAUCUGGUGUGAUCCUGUCCGUGGUGGGAGGACUGGCGGUGGGAAAGGAGGGGCCGAUGAUUCACUCGGGCUCCGUGAUUGCUGCUGGGGUCUCCCAGGGGAGGUCAACGUCACUGAAGCGAGAUUUCAAGAUCUUUGAGUACUUCCGCAGAGACACGGAGAAGCGGGACUUUGUCUCGGCAGGAGCCGCGGCGGGAGUGUCUGCUGCUUUUGGGGCCCCUGUGGGCGGGGUCCUCUUCAGCUUGGAGGAAGGUGCCUCCUUCUGGAACCAGUUCCUGACGUGGAGAAUCUUCUUUGCUUCUAUGAUUUCCACCUUCACACUGAACUUCGUCUUAAGCAUUUACCAUGGAAACAUCUGGGACCUGUCCAGCCCCGGCCUCAUCAAUUUUGGAAGAUUUGACACGGAGACGAUGGUGUACACGAUCCACGAGAUCCCCAUCUUCAUCGCCAUGGGCGUGGUGGGUGGUGUUCUUGGGGCUGUGUUCAAUGCCUUGAAUUACUGGCUGACGAUGUUUCGAAUCAGGUACAUCCACCGGCCCUGCCUCCAGGUGAUUGAGGCCAUGCUGGUGGCCGCUGUUACAGCCACUGUCGCCUUUGUGCUGAUCUACUCGUCCCGGGACUGCCAGCCCCUGCAAGGCAACUCCGUGUCCUACCCCCUCCAGCUCUUCUGUGCAGAUGGCGAGUACAACUCCAUGGCUGCCGCCUUCUUUAACACCCCGGAGAAGAGCGUGGUCGGCCUUUUCCACGACCCCCCAGGCUCGUACAACCCUAUGACCCUUGGCCUCUUCACCCUCGUCUACUUUUUCCUGGCCUGCUGGACCUAUGGGCUGACAGUGUCUGCUGGCGUCUUCAUCCCGUCCCUGCUCAUUGGGGCUGCCUGGGGUCGGCUCUUCGGCAUCUCACUGUCCUACCUCACCGGGGCCGCAAUCUGGGCAGACCCUGGCAAGUACGCCCUGAUGGGAGCAGCUGCCCAACUGGGUGGGAUCGUGAGGAUGACGCUGAGCCUGACAGUUAUCAUGAUGGAGGCCACCAGCAAUGUGACCUAUGGCUUCCCUAUCAUGCUGAUCCUGAUGACCGCCAAGAUCGUAGGAGACAUUUUCAUUGAGGGCCUGUACGACAUGCACAUCCAGCUGCAAAGUGUGCCCUUCCUGCACUGGGAAGCGCCAGUUACCUCGCACUCGCUCACCGCCAGGGAGGUGAUGAGCACGCCGGUCACCUGCCUGCGGAGGAGGGAGAAAGUGGGCGUCAUCGUGGAUGUGCUCAGCAACACGGCGUCCAAUCACAACGGGUUCCCUGUGGUGGAGUCCACUGACGAUACCCAGUCAGCUCGGCUCCAGGGCCUGAUCCUGCGCUCCCAGCUGAUUGUCCUCUUGAAGCACAAGGUGUUUGUUGAGCGGUCCAACAGGGGCCUGGUACAACGGCGGCUGAGGCUGAAGGACUUCCGGGAUGCCUACCCACGCUUCCCCCCAAUCCAGUCCAUCCAUGUGUCCCAGGAUGAGCGCGAGUGCACCAUGGACCUCUCUGAAUUCAUGAACCCCUCCCCGUAUACGGUGCCCCAGGAGGCAUCUCUCCCUCGGGUGUUCAAGCUGUUCCGGGCUCUGGGCCUCAGGCAUCUGGUGGUCGUGGACAACCACAAUCAGGUGGUCGGGCUGGUAACCAGGAAAGACCUGGCCAGGUACCGGCUUGGGAAGGGGGGCCUGGAGGAGCUCUCACUGGCCCAGACGUGAGACCCUGGCCCUGGCACCUCACCUGGGGUCCUGAACACGCUCCUCAGGCAGCAGCAGAUCUGUUGUCCUCAGACCUCGGGAUGGCCCAGCUGGUGUGUGAGCGUGACCAUCGAUGGGCACCUUGUCAAUGUUUCCCACCCUCCCUCUUGCCUCAGCCCCUUGGAUGUCACUCUCCAUCCUCCUGUUUCUUCGCCCUCAGGGAGCAGAUGUUCAUGCAAAUGCUCGCUUCCUCAGAGCCAGCGAGAGGUCGCAUGUGCAUGUGUGCGUCUCAGUGUGUGUUUGUGUGUGUUCAUGGUGUGUUCACGUGUGUGAGGCAGCGAGCAGGCUGGGCCCUGUGGACUUGAGUGCUGCAGGCCCCCCAGGGCGGGGCCAUUCUGCUUCUCUGCUCCUCAUGACUCUCAGCGCUGGCCAGAAAGACCACACCGCCUGGACACUGCCAGCUGGAGGCCUCGGGCCUUGUCCCCACGGCCCAGUCUGCGGCCAUGAGGUGAUAGGCUGUGCAGCUGGGACCUACCUGGGCAAAGGCCCAGCCGAAGGACCAAAGGCAAGGGCUUGGGGCAGCAGACUGGAGCAGGCUGUCAGGAAGUCGGCUGUUCUCCAGAUUCCUGCUUGUGCCCUGGGCCGCAACCCCACUUGGGAGGCCAUGGGCUCUGUGAGGAAGUCUUGGCCAGAGGAGAGCUGAGAACCACCCAUGGGCCUGAACCUGAGUUCUGUCACACAUGCCACCCAAGCCCUCUGGAGCUGGAGUCCAGAUGAACAGCUGUUGCCACUGGGACCGAGGCUGGGAAGGCGGGUCUUCUCAGCAUGGGGACUGGGGUGGGCCAGGAGCCAUGUUCUGGGCGGCUCUGAUUCCGGGCCAUGCCGAUGGGCUUUGGGCUGAGCUGCCGAGCCUGCAGCAGGGAUGCUGUUCCCCUCCAAGGAAGUUUUUUAAAGGUGAUUCCCCAGUUCCCACCCAUCUCUGAUGAGGUGACUCAGAUGCUUUAGUUGGGAGCUGGUGGGUGCUGCACCUUGGUUUUAGCCCCUUUCAAGGGGGUGGGGCCAGUCCUGGUGGGGAGUCCUCUGUGGGGGGAGCAGAUCUGAAUGUGGGAAGUCUGAGCAGGAGAAAUAAAGGAAUUGUGCCCAGACAACCUGCGCCAGCUUCCUGUUUCUGCUUAGCGUGGACCACAGUCUAGCAGCCUGGGAUUCCAGGGCCAUGGGGUGGGGGUGUCUGGGAUGAGACCCUCCUCUGCGUGAUGCCGGUGGGCAGCACUCCAGGGGAUGUCACUGGGAGGGAGACACAGAUGAGAGGCCAGGAAACCAGGGGGUUGUGUAGCUGGGCCCUCACACUUCCUCAGGAGGGGACCCCAGGCACCAUCCACGCAUCCUCAUUCGAAUGUCUGGGCAGUGUUCCUGGGCAGCUACAGAGCCUGGUGGGGAGGGCUUCUACCCUGAGGCCCUUCUGUCAGCAGGCGGCUCAGCACAUCUGUCUCCAACCUGACCUGCUUGGCCACGAGGCGUGUGGUGUGGCUCCCCCUGGAGGGGAAGUUGACAAGCAUUCUUGUUCCAGGGAAGCCCCAGCCAGCCCUCAGUGGCAGGUCUAGGUGACAUGGGGAGGGCGAGGGGCUAGAGGGGCUGGUGCACCGGCCUGAAGUGAGACCUAACCUUCCCCAGCCUUCGCACCCGGUGGGGCGGAAGCGAGGACAGCAUGUAACU